GCGCUGUCUGGGCGCUACACAGGCUGCGGGCAUACAAGAGCGCGCGCCGAGCCGGGGGCAGCCGAAUACGACCACAGGCAGCCCCAGGAGAUCACAACAAAAUGCGUGUCCCGGACCACUAUGCGGCGCUGGGCAUUCAGUCCACAGCCGACGCGUCGGACAUCCGCAAAGCCUACAAGAAACGGGCGCUCCAGACGCACCCCGACAAGGGCGGCGACGAAGAAGAGUUCAAAAGAGUGGGAGCGGCCUACGCCGUGUUGUCGGACGAGGCGAAGCGCUCCGAGUACGACGAGAUGCGCACGGACGGCCUGCGCCAGGGCGAGCGCGACCAGACGGACUACCAAUGUAGGGGCUUCAAUUCCAAUUUUGACGCGCCGUUCUUCGGGCAGAGGUGGGACCCGGGCGAGAAGUUUUCGAUGGACGACGCGCGGGCCCAGUUCGACCGCUUCUUCGGGACGCAGAGUCCCUUCGCAAAUUUUGCGACGCCAAGCGCGAAAAAAGUGACGCAGAUAUCGACCAUCAAACGGCGCGACGGGCGCAUGGAAUCUAUGGCUCGGACACGAAGUGAGGGAGCCAAGGACGAGUACGAGUUCUUCAACCAGGGCCACGUGCUCCACGGGGGUCGCUGCCUGUGUGGAAAUCAAAAUUUUACGGCGCGUUCGCGUCGUCCUCCACGCCAUCGACGCGACGCCUGCUCGAUGGCGUGGCGAUGCCGGUUCCUUGCACGCGACGCACGGGUUGAUUUCCACACAGGCCGCGGCCACAUCAACCCCGGGCUGCCGCCGAAUGCGUCGGGCCCGGGGAGCCCGUGGAAACCGGUCGAGGCGCGGCGCGAGAAGAAGGGCAUGACGCCCCUCCAAAUGGCGGCGGCCGCGCGCACCCGCCGGAGGAGCGGGACGGGUCGCUUGGAGGGGCGACCGCUCGGGCGCAGCGAGACGGGCCCGCCGGCCCUCGGGCUCUGAACGAGAACCAUUCCGCGACGAGUAAGAAAGACAAGUGAAAACCA